AUGUCCUACCACUAUGGCACGAUACUUCCCAUUAGCUUCUUCUAGAAGAAGCCUUAUACUUGUUUGGUGUUCUCCCUCACCACACCUCGCACGGUGGUGGGCAUGCUCAAGUAAUACUGUUUGAGUGAUUUUCAACUGUCUCCUCUGCAGAUGACACCUGGAGAACUAGCCCUUGCUAGUAGCAACCACACCCCAGUUACCCAGUUCAUCUUGUUGGGAUUCUCCAAUUAUGCAGACCUCCAGGAGCUUCUUUUUGGAGUCUUCCUGCUCAUCUAUACCGUGACAGUGGUGGACAAUCUGGGAAUGAUGGUACUCAUCUUCACAGACUCCCGUCUCCAUAGCCCCAUGUAUUUCUUCCUCAGUGUCCUCUCUUUUCUUGAUAUCUGUUACUCUCCUGUGGUUACACCCAAGCUGUUAAUCAACUUUCUGGCAUCUGACAAGUCCAUCUCUUUUGAGGGCUGUGUGGUCCAGCUGACUUUCUUUGUGGUUCAUGUGACAGCUGAGAGCUUCCUGCUGGCCUCCAUGGCCUAUGAUCGCUUCAUGGCCAUCUGCCGAACCCUCCAUUACGGUUCUGUCAUGACCAAAGGGAUGUGUCUCCAGCUUGUGGCUGCUUCCUAUGCAUUUGGUGGCAUUAACUCCUCUAUCCAGACUGGGAAUGUCUUCGCCUUGCCUUUCUGUGGGCCCAACCAGGUAACACACUACUUCUGUGACAUCCCACCCCUUCUCCACCUGGUUUGUGGCAACAAAGCCGCAGCAGGAGUGGUCCUCUAUCUCUUCUCUGCUCUGGUUACCCUUCUGCCUGCUGCAGUCAUCCUCACCUCCUACAGCUUGGUCUUGGUGGCCAUUGGGAGGAUGCGCUCAGCAGCUGGGAGGGAGAAGGCCCUCUCCACAUGUGCCUCCCACUUCCUCGCCAUUACCAUUUUCUAUGGUACCGUGGUUUUCACCUAUGUCCAGCCUCAUGGACCCACUGAUGAUACCAGUGGCCAAGUAGUGUCUGUCUUCUACACCGUCAUAAUUCCCAUGCUCAACCCCUUCAUCUAUAGCCUCCGCAACAAGGAGGUGAAGGGCGCCCUGCAGAGGAAGCUCCAGGUCAACAUCUUUCCCUGCUGA